GUCGCCUGGACCACCAUGGUCGCCGGCCACGUCAGUUCCGGCGGCCUAGGCCGGGCGAGGCACUUCUUCGACGCCAUGCCCGAGAGGAACGUCGUAUUCUGGAACGCGAUGCUGCGCGCGUAUGCCCACGCCGGGAUGCUCACCGAGGCGCGGGACCUGUUCGACGCAAUGCCUACCAGGAACGCCGCCACCUGGAGCUGCAUGAUCAGUGGCCUCGUGCUGUCGGGACGCUGCUGGGAGGCGCUGCAUGAUCAGGGGCUCUUCGGUGACAUGGUCCGCAGCAGCAGCAUCGUGCCGAAUGAGCCCGCGCUGGUGAGCGUGGUCUCGGCGUGCGCCCAGCUGCAGUCACUGGAACACGGCGCGUGGGUGCACGCGUACGCCGAACAGGAGCUGCAGGGGACGAUGAGUGUUGUCCUCGCCUCCGCUAUCGUCGACAUGUCAGGAAAUGUGGGGGGUAUCCACAGUGCCAUCAGGGUGUUUGCUGUCAUGCCCAUGAGGAACAUCUACUCCUGGAACGCGAUGAUUGCUGGGCUCGCGAUGAAUGGUGGCGAACGACAGGCCCUUCGCUCUCGUCGUGUCAUGGAGGCCUUGUAUUUCGUCAAGAGCAUGCCCGUGGAGCCACACCCUGGCUUAUGGGGCGCACUAGCUAGCGCCUGCAAGAUGCAUGGCAAGGUUGAGCUUGGUGAGGAGGUUGCCAAGAAGCUCAGACUGGAGCCUCGCCAUGGCAGCCGAUACAUCCUGCUGUCAAACUUGUAUGGCUCUGUGAAUAGAUGGGAUGACAUGGCCUCUGUGCGUAAGAUCCUCAAAUGGAGCAAGGUGCCCAAAGGCACGGGCAAUGCAGUGGUUGGGAUGACAUCGGCAUCCUGUAUGUCGAAUGGUUGAAUGCACUCUCGAUAGUGAUAUGUACAAAUUUGGGACUACUUUUUAUUGAUAGGGGCAUUAAGAUUUUUGCAACGGUUGGAACUGCGGCCAAUGAGAAUUAUGAGAUCGAUGAAGCCUAGAGGAGAAUGGGGCUGAUAAAAAAAACUUCUCAAAUAUAAAUGUUUGGUUGAUAUGUCAUCAUAUGCCACCUAAUUGUUUGAACAAAAUACAGUAAUUGCAUUUACUGGGAGUGGAAGUGCAAGAAACUAGCAAGAAGUGCAGACUGGUGCGUGAAUACUGAUCAAAGGGGGCUGAAACUCGAGAACAAUGAGUGGUGUAGUAUGAUCAGUUCAGAGUUAGGCAAUUCAGUUAGU